AUGUCUCUCGAAGCCAAGAUCCAAGACACAUCGGAGCGCAACGUGGAGCUGCUCAACAUCCUCCACCAAACGGACAGCUCCAUCCCGGACCUCGAGGCCCAGAAGCGCCACGUCGCCGACCUCGAGAAGCAGGCCGCGCAGGCGGCGGAGAGGCUGAAGCAGAUCGGGUACCGGCGCAAGCAGGAGCUCAGGGAGCACGAGAAGUACCGCGACAGCGUGCUGCGGCGCUUCGCCUUCAAGGUCGGCCGCAAGGCGGACAAGUUCGAGGCGAGGGCCGCCAAGGAGGAGCGCGAGUACUUUGACGUGCUGCAGGAGGAGCACCAGGCGGACGUGAUGAAGAAGAACCUGGACGAGAUGCUCGCCGACGCGCGGACGGUGCGCGGCGAGCUGGAGGUCAGGGCCGCCACGCACGUCGAGGCGCAGGGGGGGCUGGACCGCCUCUACGAGUCCAUCUUCACGGGGCCGUCGCCCGGGUUCCCCGAGGAGGACGAGCGGGAGCGCGAGACGAGCGGCGCGCUGCGGGUCUACCAGGAGGCGCGGUCGCGGGCCGAGGCCGAGGGCAAGGUGGUCAGCAUCCUGACGCAGGCGCAGACGCGGCUGAACGGCGCGCUCAUGUCGAUGGAGGACGCGCUGCACGCGUCGAGGAGGGACAUGUACGGCGGCGGCACGUUCUCGGACAUGAUGGAGCGGAACGCGCUCAACAAGGCCGAGAACCUGAUCAGGCAGGCGAAGAUGCUGGUGGCACAGGCACAGCAGGCAUCACCGAUGGUGCGUCCUCUGCCGCCAGUCAAGAUAGCGCAGGGGAACCUCCUCGGCGACGUCUUCUUCGACAAUAUCUUCACGGACAUGGCAUUUCACGAGAAGAUUCAGCAGUCGAACCUGGAGGUCCGGCACUGCGCGCAGUCACUCAACAUCGACCUGAUGUCGGCAACGCAGCGGCACAUGGAGCUGUUGCGCGAGACAGACCAGAAGAACGAGGUGGUACGGCAGGCGAGAUUAAGAUUACAAAAAGCAAGGGAGGAAGCGUUCCAGAGGGUCAGUGGCAGGGUAGCAUCUUCGUCCCCGCCGGCGGCUGCGGACGUGCCACCCCCUGAAGGGCCGCCGCCUAGUUAUACAGAACGUGCUGAUGCAGCAGACAACUGGUGGGAGAGAUGA